AUGAACAAGCUUAUUGUGGUAUUGGGCGCCACCGGUGGCCAGGGUGGAUCGGUGGUGGACUCCUUCCUCCAAGCCCCUGGUUGGAAAGUCCGCGGGUUGACGCGCAAUGCUUCCAGUGAAAAGGCGACGGCCCUCAAAGCCAAGGGGGUGGAGAUGGUCCAAGGAAACACCGAUGACCAGACGAGCCUCGAGGCAGCGUUCCAGGGAGCGCAUGCCAUCUUUGCCUUCACCGACUACUACGACUACUUCUUUGAGCUCGGCCCGGAACGAUCGAUGGCUCGAGAAACCGCCCAGGGAAGUAACAUCGCUCGAGCCGCGGCGACCAUUCCCACCCUCGAGCGGUUUGUCUGGAGCACCCUGCCGAACACCCAACUUUUCACAGAGGGACAAGCUAUAGUGCCACAUUUCCAGGGCAAGGCAAAUGUGGAUGUGUACAUCAAGGAACACCUGCCCGAGCUGUACGCGAAGACCACCUUCACGAUUUUCACCAUCUUCGGGGCCAACGUCGUUUUGUACGACAUCUUCAGACCUCUGUAUCUGCCCUCUGCACAGAAGUGGAUACAGUUUUACCCAGCACCCCCACAGGCGCCGUAUCCUUCAGUGGGUGAUCACCGGAUUAACAGCGGUAUCUUCGUUCGCUCAAUCGUGGAAAACCCCCCCACUCCAGGUACUUACGUCGAGUGUAAUGUGGAGACUAUUACACUGGAGUCCUAUCUAGCCGCUUGGGGGCGUGCCAGUGGACUAAGCCCACAGAACGGGUCCACCAUGGUAGUUCAGAUAUCGGCGGAGCAGUAUUGCGCUCUCUGGCCGUUGAUGGGCGAGGAACAGGCGAGUCAGUGGCGGUUUUUCCAGUUCCUCAGGGACAACCAGCUUGAUAUCCACAAGGUGGAGGGGUUCCCCGUUAUCCAGGCCCAGGAUCUGAUGAGCGAGGAGGCAAGAAAGUCACUUGUACUUACCGAGGAAUCGCUGAGGCGGAUGGACUGGUCGAGUUUCAAGAAAUAA